UCAAACAAAUGCGAUUAUGAAUAUGAAUAUUUUAUUCAUGAUUCAACGAUAUAUCUUCCAUAACAAAUAGUUAAUGUUGUCUGUGAUACAUAUUUAUGAAUCGUUUGAAUCGCGCCGAAUACCAAUAUGAUUGACGGCUUCGAUUUUGGCAAGUAGCCUUCAUACUUCUACCGAUAAAAUAUUCCUAUUAGUCUCGUGACAUUGAGGUAACUUGAUAGUAUUAGAAUAGAAGUUACAAUAUAACAUUGCAUAGUUGGAUACGUAUUAAUUAAAAAAUAUCCGUUGUAGUGCGUGCUCGGGCCUGUUUAAUGUCGCAGGAAGCGGUGUCGAUUUUGGGGAAGGUUAAACCGGGAACUUUUACAGGUCAUUGUUCCUUUUUACGUCGAAACAUUCAUUUUGUAACGCAGAUAAAUUACUAUUGUUGGAUUAACUAUCUACUUUGUUUAAACGCAUCUGGUUUAACGCUUCAAACUUAAAUUUAAAUGGGCGCCAUACAUAUUUAAAAUUAAUUUACGUUUUAAACAGCUUAAAAUGGGUUAACGCUAACGAGAUAAUGACUGUUCUAUUCGAAUUUAAAAUGGAUUACAAAGAGGUGAAGAAACGGACUGUAUUUUAAUGGAUUUUGUUUGAAUGGAAGUUGAAUAGAAGUGACAAAGAUGGAUGAUAGUUCGCCGGAUCUGUCGCUCAAGCUGCGACGGGGGUCAAGUGACUCCAGGGAGUCCUUCUAUAUGGACUUUGCUCAGGGGAUCGACUCGGAUAUUGAGGAAGUGACAACUAUUGAGAGGAUAAUUCCGGAACACCCGGGCGGAAGGACUGAAGGCGAUUCAGACACACUCGCUACUCCAUCUGGGCUUGAAGACAAGGAUUUAUCGCAAUGCUGCUUCUCAAUACCCGCGAACAACAUGUCUGGCGGCUCCCACGUCUCAAGAGGGACAUUCGGAGACUCGGAGUUGUCUGGAAGCAGUGCCCCGCCUCUUCCUAGUCCGGCGUCUGCAAGUGCCGCCCUGGUGUCUCCAGAGACCCUCAGCAGACAUAGCAGUCCACCACCUAUACCAGCUCAUCCCUUAUGCCAGCCAGCACCAUCGUGUUCUUCUCAUCAUGUUCAUAUAGAAUCGCCUUUACGGUUACCAAGUCCACCAUCUCUCGGUACUUCAUUAUCGCUGCAGCCAGUGUUGUAUGGGCAAUCAGGUGGCGGGUCACCGAGACCACCGCUGCCACCCGCUCGGCGACCCUCUCGACCCGCUAACGCUAUACCUAAUAUGCAUAUAAUUAGCGCGAGUGAAGCCUUUGCUACGACCUUAUCUGCAUUAUAUGGGAAGUUACUGGUUGUGAUGGGCAUAGCUUUUCCAAUGGCUGAAGUCAUAUCUACAUACAUCCCACCAUCGUUUUAUGAGGGUUUCUACUUAUACCUGUACAUAGGUAGUAUGGUGUUCCUGUUAUAUAUGUACGCCGCGUUACUACGAGACCGCUCCCGCAACGCACCUGACACCGUUGUGACCAAGUCCGACACAAGCUCAUCUCAAUCAGAAUCAGAUUCCUGUUCAUCAAGAACAGAGCGCAGUACGGCGACCGCAGCCCACGUCCCGCCGCAGUACUUGGGCAAACGACUCUCUUUGGGGUUCGCGCUCACAUCGAGAACACACCACUAUGGCAGUUUUUAUUUGAGAAUGGGUGCAGUUGCUUUUGGCAUCGGAUCUAUGAUCUACUCGGGCCUAGAGUUUGGCCAGUACUGGGAACUGGAGAGAAACACGAAUUGUCACAACGUCCUCCUCGCGCUCACUCCUGCUACUAGAAUGGCCUUCAUCUUCAUUCAGAUGUAUUUCAUCUUUCUCAACAAUGAGAUGAAAGUAUACAAACACAAAAUAGCGGCAAGAUUUGGUUUAAUGCAUAUGGUGGGAACUAAUUUGAGCGUAUGGCUGAAUGUACUCGUGCAAGAGACUAAACACGAGAUACUAACGUUCUACGAUCCCGAAAACAAGACUAUUGGUUUAUCACAUAGACUAGCGUUCCAGAAGGCAUUUGCGUCUCUAGCAACAGAAGUCCCCCCAUCACAUCCUGCGGCGGCCCACCUCCGUGUUCCUCGCGGGCUUAAAGGCCCUCAUCACAUCUUCGAAUGUCGCCGGACGAACAUUAUGGGUUCUCUAGUCCAAGACGCUUCACCAUUCCUCUUUCCAUGUACUAUCGAAUACUCGCUGAUCUGCGCGGCCAUUUUAUACGUCAUGUGGAAAAAUAUAUCCAAAUACCCAUCGAAAGACGUGGCCGAAGCCAUCGCCAAGGCCCGGAUCUUAGAAGGAUUGGCGUACAAAAAGUCCCCACAUUUGUACAGCGUGGACUGUGCACGGGCGCACAAAGGUCUUUUCUUCGGAAUUUUCGUUUUAGUUUUAACUAUUAUAUCACUCAUUCUGUUCUUUGUUCUGGUAUCUAAGAAGGAUUACGCUACCCUAGCGGUGGUAGAAGUGAAUCUUUGCGAAUUGGGAUUGUAUGCGAUGACCACUAUAGCCAGUUUGGCGGGAAUGGUAUGCGUCAGAAAUCUCAAGUACGACGGCAAUCGAAACCUCGAAUUGGACAAUAUACUCCUCGUCGGGGCACAAACAGGUAUGUUCAUUUACGGUACAUUCACGAUUAUCGGUGGUCAUUUCACCAUCGAGAAGAACACAAUACUCAUAUUGGUGACGGCCCUGUCGUCCCUAGUGCAAACGACGUGCCAGACUAUGUUCAUCCUUGACGCCAGUCGCAGAUCGGCAAAAACUCCCGAACAGUUGCGGAAAAAACCGGGAAGGGAGAUAGUCACGUUCCUAUUGGUGACGAAUCUUGCUAUGUGGGCCAUAAAUACUCUAGAAAAGUCGAGGGCGGAAUCACAUCCGGUGCAACUGCAUUUCUACGGUCUAUGGGCUUGGACGAUAAUAACGCACGUAUCUAUGCCCCUCGCGAUCUUCUACAGAUUCCACUCGACGGUUUGUCUAUGCGAGAUUUGGAAGCGAGCGUAUAAAAUGAAGCCGGCCUACAUGUAGCACAUUGCAGUCGAUGGUCGCGUUGGUGAAAAGCGAAUACUUUAAAAGUACGAAUCGCAUAGAUUAGUGCCAUAUUCAACUCUUUGUAUUAAAUUUUAGCUAAGUUUCACUUCAUGUCUCCGAGUGCACUUAUAUUUGUUCCGAAGUUAUCGCUAUGUUAAGUUGUGCGUAGAUGUAUAAUGUGUUAUUUAUUUGGUAGCUUUAUUAGACGCUUUAAUAGGAACUCAUGUUGUUAGUCUCAGUUUGCAUUUAGAACGGGUUGAAUUUUAAUUUUAGCGUUUAGGAUUUUAUACAGGCUGCUUGAACGGGAAUUUCACUUUUAUAAUAUCAUCAUCAUUAUAUAAGUCAAGAUUAUUAUUAUUACCGGGGCUGUCCUAUAAAGGUCGCCUUUAAGCGCUUAAGUGUGUGGGCAACACACGAGCGCUUAAAAGCGACCUCUAACAUUUUAAAACGUAAAUAAAUAAUCUAUUAUUGCACUGCUGAUUAUUUAAAUUCCAUACGAAUAGUCACUCAUAACUUUCAUACAUAGAGAGUAUAGUUUUUAUCUUGAUUCGUGUAAUAAGCAAUAUAUUUAUAUUCUUAAGUAGUCUAAGCAGCCUGUUUAUUGUUAUAAUAUUAAGCGAUUAAACAUUUUCCUGUGUUCAUAUCUCAUGUUACACAUUAGAUCUAGAACAUUCCACGUCAGUCAUAAUCCACAUUUUUCACACUGAUUCAAAGGAAAUGUCUUCCAAUAGGUUAUAUUUUUAUAUAGGAACGUUGUCCGCUGUAUUUUUGCGAUACAGAAUGCGCCAUUUGAUACGUAAUAGAUGAAAACGUGGUUAACGGUUACUAUAAAGUUCAUCGAGUAGUCAAAAACUGUCGCGUCUAAAGCAUACUUAUUCGGUCAAAAUGGAACUUUGAUUUUUUUAUACGUAUACGUUGUAUGGAUUGAUAAUUGAAGACAUCACUUGAACAAUGAUUUAAAUAUAAAGACAGAUAAAAGUUUAAUAUUAGAAGAAUACGCGAUAGUUUUCGUACGUUCGAUAGAACUUUACUAACCCCAUAGAACUUGAGUGUCUAACCUCAGUUGAGGACAUAACACUAUCAUAUACACAACGAAUUAAACACUUUUAAUUUCACGAUAUGCGUUUCGCAAAGUAUGAGGAAUAAUUUUAAAUUAAAAUAUUUGUAUAAUUGUGGUAUUUUCAUAAUAAAUAAGUAAAGUAAAAACCGAAUUAAAAAAUAGCUUUUCAAGGGGUUAGACGCUCGAGAUAACGCCAUCUAUUACCAAAUUUUUACACCGUAAAUGGAAUUUGUUUAAAUUUAUUUAAUCCAAUGGGAACAAUAAAUAGACGACCUAAUUUUGUAACAACUUUGAUACACCAAUAUUUAUUAAGUUUUUAAUAUUUUGAAUUUGAGAACAUUUUAGCGGUAUUUGAAACUCUGUAGUGUAUUUUGGAUAAAAUUUUAAACAUAGCAAUAAAUAAUAUGGACCCAGUAGUUAGUAAAUGUAACACCAAAGUUGAUAUUGGUAAUUUUGGAGCUUAUUAUACCAAUAAAUAAUUUUACCGCUAGUAAUUCAUAUUUUUUGAUAGACGUAGACGUAAAGUCCAAAGUAUCAGACACCAAUCUUUUCUAAACGUUAGACCUAUAGUGACCUUAACAAAAAGUUCGGGAAAAAUAGUUUUUACUGUACAAAAUUUUAUUAUUGCUCAAAUCUAUGGUAAAUACCACUUUUCGUAUAAACGUUUUUCGCAAUAAGUAUUUCAUAGACCGCUUUUUAAAAACUGCUUUAAUAUGCUAACUUUAUUCAUACUCAAAUUGCUAAUGUUUGGUCCUUAUCACUCUCGUGAUUAAUACGAUUGAAUAAAAGAGACAAAACAAGGAACGAGGAUUCUGAAUAAGUUAGAUUUAUAUAAGUGUAUGUUUAAAUACUCUGAGAUUUAAUACUCAAUGUAAAAUGUAGUUUUUAAUAUAUUUAAAGUAACUAUUUAAUCGCUAUUCGUAUAGGCGUUUUAAAUUGUACUGUAGCCUUAAAAGAUAAUAAAUGAUCUUUUAUUGUUUUGUUUAUGUAUAAUUAUGUAUGCUGUUUCGUGUCAGUUUUGUAUUUAAAUGUUAAGUCAUAUUUGAUUUAUUUACACGUAUUCUAUAAUUACGAUACCAGUUGUAAUUGCAAUUAGUUGGUGUAGCGAACGGUAAUUUUAGCUUUACCAUAAGUUUGACAAGGUAACCCCCUAAAACCCCUAACGUACAAAGAUACGUUACAUGUAUGAAAGUUCUUACAAUCUCGCGUAGCCGACAGAGGGCGCUAUGACUUUUUUUAAAGGAAUAGUUGUUGACACAUUCGUAUUUUACAAUAGCAUUUAAUGCAUAGCCAAACUCAUAGUAGACCUUUAUACUAACUAUAGUUACGUAUAAUCGUAUUAACUAUAGGUUUUUGUAUGAAAACUCACACAUUCGAAUGGCAUUCGUGUGUUAAAUAAAGGUAUAAGUUUUCAGUUAUAUAACCUUUUAAUACAUUCAAUAACGAAAAGUUGCGUACCCGACCCAAGUGUUGCGCCACGACCGCUACCACCUCCUUCUAAUCAUUAGAAUGGGUAAAAUCUAGGGUAAUAAUCGUGUUGGUGGAAGGGAAAAAUUAUGACCUCGCAAAAUUAGGGAGUGGAAAAUAGUGUGACUGGUAAAGUUGUUGAAUCAGGCACAGAAAAAAACAUGCUUGACGAGACUGACGACCAACCUCCACGGUAAAGUUUAUAUUAGAAGAACUGUUAUGUCCAACAGAAAACAAGUAGUGGGACUUGUACUAAUUAUAACUGGUAUCUUAAAGAACCCCUUAUUAUAACGAAUGGCAGAAUGACACUGUACAUAAUUUGUGAAGCAUUUUCACAUUUUAAUUAAACCAUAUUUAUAAUACAAUUUUUGAAGAUAUUUACAAUAAUUUUGUUUGAAAUGAAGUAAUAGUGAUACUAGAAUAAUGUUUUGAAUUGUAUUUGUACACUAUUUAUUUGUUUAGCUGAUAAUGUGAAUAGAUAUUAAGUGUCUUUGAUGUUUAACGUUUAUAAAUUUUCAUAUAAUUAUUCUACGCAUUUGUGAAAUUUCUUGAAAAUAUUCUUAAAAUAUAUACAACUAUGCAAAAGAACGAUAAUAAAUCU